CUCUCUCUCUCUCUAUCUCUCUCUCUCUCAUCUUUUUUCCCUCUCCUCUCCACGGCCACCGUCACUGCAGCCGUCGCCACUCGCCGGCCGGCCAAAAACUGUGAAGAAUCAGGAAGAUUGUAUCAGUUUGUGGGUUGGUCUCCCAUUCUGAUCAUACUAAUUUUGAUGCUGGGCCUUUCACUGUCAAGGCAAUUGGUGAUUGGACUGUAGAGUGCCAAGAUUGCAUCUAAAUUGCAUUGGCAGCAAAAAUGAAUGGACUUUCCCCUUUUAUGUUGGGUUUCAUAUUGGAUAAAUAACUUGGCUUUACACAGUGGAUUUGAUGGAUGAAGUGGUUGAGGUUGAUGGUAUGACUCAUCCUGCAGUUGUAGAUGACAGUGAUGUUGAUCCUCAUGAAGGUGAAAUUAACACUGGCGAAGACUCUACACUACAUGAUGAAGAUGGAAUCAUCGAACCAUAUGUGGGCAUGGAAUUUGAAUCUGAAGGCGAUGCAAAGACCUUCUAUGACGAGUAUGCCCGACGCUAUGGUUUUAGUUCAAAACUUGGCCAGCUCAGUCGUGCAAAAUCUGAUGGUACUAUCAUUGCUAGAGAUUUUGUAUGUGGUAGAGAAUGUUCAAAAAGAAAGUCCGCUGAUAGUUGUGAUGCAAUGCUUAGGAUAGAGUUUAAAGAUCAGGAUAAAUGGGUUGUCACAAAGUUUGUAAAGGAGCAUAGUCAUUCUACAGGCAAUUCUAAUAAGGUGCAUUAUCUACGGCCGCGUAGGCAUUUUGCUGGUGCUGCAAAGACCAUGACUGAAACUGCUUACGCAGGUUCAGCAGGUGUCCCCAGUGGUGUCAUGUCUGUAUUAAUGGAUGACAACCGUAUACCCGCAGAGAAAAAUUGUGGAGUUAGAAGUGCAUCUCAAGCAGAAGCAAAUCGGUCAAUCAAUAAUGCUUCAACUAUAAAUUAUGGCAUCAGGAAUGCUGGCCGAAAGAGGACACUGGGGAGGGAUGCUCAGAAUAUGCUGGAGUAUUUUAAGAAAAUGCAAUCUGAGAAUCCUGGAUUUUUUUACGCAAUACAGCUUGAUGAAGAUAAUCGUAUGGCUAAUGUGUUUUGGGCAGAUGCAAGGUCGCGAGCAGCUUACAGUAAUUUUGGUGAUGCAGUUACAUUGGACACGAUGUACAGAGUUAACCAGUUCAGAGUUCCGUUUGCUCCAUUCACUGGAGUGAACCAUCAUGGUCAGACGAUUUUGUUUGGAUGUGCUUUACUUCUUGAUGAAUCCGAGGCUUCUUUUGUUUGGCUGUUCAAAACAUUUCUAACAGCGAUGAAUGAUCGUCAGCCUGUUUCAAUAACCACUGAUCAGGACAGAGCCAUACAUGUAGCUGUUGCUCAAGUUUUUCCACAAGCCAGACACUGCAUUAGCAAAUGGCAUGUCUUAAGAGAAGGCCAGCAGAAGUUAGCCCAUGUAUGUCUCACACAUCCAAAUUUUCAAGUUGAACUUUACAAUUGUAUCAAUUUGACUGAAACUAUUGAGGAAUUUGAGUCAGCUUGGAACUGUAUCAUUGAAAAAUAUAACUUAGGAAGAAAUGAUUGGCUCCAAUCAUUAUAUAAUGCACGUGCUCAAUGGGUUCCCGUGUAUGUCCGUGAUUCAUUUUUUGCUGUUAUAUCUCCCAAUCAAGGAUAUGAUAAUUCCUUUUUGGAUGGAUAUGUGAACCAGCAGACCACAUUACCAUUGUUCUUUAGGCAGUAUGAAAGAGCUUUAGAAAAUUGGUUUGAAAAGGAAGUAGAAGCAGACUUUGAUACAAUGUGCACUACACCUGUAUUGAGGACACCAUCUCCUAUGGAGAAACAGGCAGCAAAUCUUUAUACUAGAAAAAUUUUUGCAAAAUUUCAGGAGGAGCUUGUUGAAACUUUUGUCUAUACUGCAAAUCGAAUUGAAGGUGAUGCAGCUCUUAGCACUUUUAGGGUGGCUAAGUUUGAGGACGAUCAGAAGGCAUAUGUUGUCACAUUAAAUUAUCCAGACAUGAGAGCUAAUUGUAGUUGUCAAAUGUUCGAGUAUUCAGGCAUUCUUUGCAGACAUGUAUUAACCGUCUUCACGGUAACUAAUGUACUUACCUUGCCACCUCAUUACAUCUUGAAAAGAUGGACAAGGAAUGCGAGGAGUGGGCYUGGAUUAGACGAACGUGCUAUUGAGUUACAUGGCCAGGAAUCUUUAUUGUCAAGGUUCAAUAAUUUAUGCCGAGAAGCGAUCAGGUAUGCAGAGGAAGGGGCGACUGCUGUCGAAACAUGUAAUGUUGCAAUAACUGCACUUAAAGAAGCUGCAAAAAAAGUAGCUAUUGCCAAAAAGAAUGUAGCAAAAGUUGCACCUCCUAGCUCUCAGGUCAGUGGGGCUGGCUACGAUGAGAGGAAAACCUCGGCUUCAGCUUCAGAUACAACCCCACUGUUGUGGCCUCGUCAGGACGAAGUUAUGAGACGAUUUAAUCUCAACGAUGCCGGUGCUUCUGUUCAAUCCAUUGGUGAUUUGAAUUACCCACAUAUAGCUCCAGUGACCCUUCACCGAGAUGAUAAUCCUCCUGACCACAUGGCUGUUCUUCCUUAUCUGAAAUCAAUGACUUGGGUGAUGGAGAAUAAAAAUUCAACCACGGGGAAUAGAGUUGCUGUUAUCAACCUGAAGCUGCAAGACUACAGUAGAAGUCCAUCUGCAGAAUCUGAGGUUAAGUUUCAGCUAUCAAGGGUUUCGCUGGAGCCAAUGUUGAGGUCUAUGGCUUACAUCAGCGAACAGCUCUCAACACCAGCUAACAAGGUUGCUGUCAUCAACUUGAAGCUUCAAGAUACUGAAACAACUUCUGGAGAGUCUGAGGUUAAAUUUCAGGUCUCUAGGGAUACUUUGGGUGCUAUGCUGAGGUCAAUGGCCUACAUCCGUGAGCAGCUUUCAAAUCCUGCUGAAAUUCAGUCAGAACCUCUUCCAAAGAAGCAAAGGAAGUAAGGACCCCAUAGACACCGACACGUUUUACAUCCUAUAUUCUGAAACAUGCCAUUGGUGAUGGCUAAAAUGAUUGUUAAAUCUGUCGGUAUUCGAGAAUGUUUGUUUUUUUCCUUCUUUUUUCUUUUUAGUCUAGGCUAGCCACAUUUUCCUCUGUAGAUGUACAUGUAACACUAGAUUCAAGCAUCCAGUGGUCCUAAGAGUAAUCUAGGAGGGUCAGCCAGGGACCAUAGUAUGGAUGCCUCAGCAAUAGAAUAGCUCCAUUAAUUAUGCUUGUUAUCUUCUCAUCUCGCCAUUAUUCUCGACGGCAUUUGGUUGCUGCUAUUGAAGCUGCUUGACUUCUGACUGCCUCACUUUCAGCGCAACCGAUUAUGAGCUUUCGGCGAAGGAAGGAUAAAAACAGAGAUCGCCACAGUGUGAAUCCAAAGAAUAUGAUACUCACCUGCCCGAGUCGCUAACAAAAGGUUUUCCCCCCAUGUAUUGUAUAUAAGGGUCAUUGAUAUGUCUGCUCAAAUGUGAUAAUAAGACUCCAAUUACUGUGUUAUCUUAUCAUUUCUUUGUUGAGGUAAUAUCUAUUUGUUUAGAGUGA